AUGAAGAAAUCUAGACCGACAAAACUUUCAAGUCUUCUGGCGAUUCUGACUUCUCUCGUCCACGAAGUCACCGCCAUCCAUCACCUGCGACUAUCACCCGUAAUCCUCGUCACAAGGGACACAUCCACUCGCGCCUUUAGAAUAACAAACCACUGCCCCGUCGACAUAUACCCAGCAAUCCAAACACAAGCCGGCACCGGCCCAGCAUUCGGCGGCUAUCAUGCCCUGCCCGGAAACACAACCAGCUUCGACGUCAGCGCAGGUUGGCAGGGGCGGAUAUGGGCGCGCACCAACUGCACUUUCAAUGAAAAUGGAAUGAGUACGAAUGGGAUGGGGGCAGAUGCUUGUUUGACGGGGGAUUGUGGUGGGUUGUUGGAUUGUCAGGGGACUGGGAAACCAGCUACACUUGCAGAAUUCACAAUGUCGGGAAGCAUGAAUCUAUCUUAUUAUGACAUUUCGCUAGUUGAUGGAUAUAAUCUCCCAUUGGGGAUAAUUUCAUUGCAUAUCGAAUCAAGCGACCCCGACCUGAAAAACAUUCCAUCAAAUACAACAAAUCCUGUCUGCAUCGGAAGUCCCAAUUUCUUACAAGCCACAAAUCAGCUUGAAAAUGGUACGACAGUACCUUCCAACUCCACCAUUGGCAGUAUCACCUAUUCAACGCCACUAGAGAUGACACUGAGCACACACGCAGUUUCACAAUGGUGUCCCUGGCCUCUUCAGAUACAACCCCCCCCGAAACCUGGGGCGGGCGUAUAUCCAUAUCCCGAUGAUGGAAUUGCGCGUCCAGAUUUUGAUCCUUGUUUGUCUCUGUGCUCGAGAUAUGGAAAGUCGAAUUAUUGUUGCACCGGUAAACACGGUACGGCGGACAAAUGUAGCCCGAAUAUGUAUAGUAAAGCUGCAAAGAAGGUGUGUCCGGAUGCGUAUAGUUAUGCGUAUGAUGAUACGACAUCAACUUUCACUGUCAAACAGGGCGCUGGGUUCGAAGUUGUCUUUUGUCCGUCUGGUCGGUCGACGAAUAUUCAAAAGUCGUUGACGACUUAG